UUCCGAUCCCCGACCGAGCCCGCCUUUUCCCCGGGUUGUUUGCGAGUCGGAUAUGCUAAAAUUUUCUUCUCCCGCGUUCCAUUGCACGAAAGCCUGUGAUCGCCGUCCAGUUUCAUCAUUUUUUCAAGACCUUCUUACUCAUCCUGUAGUUGGAUAUUUGCCUCUUCUUUUAUGCCCUUCCUUACUGUUUUAGGCUCUCUUUAAUGAACACAUAGACCUUUGCCCUUCUAUACGCCAUUUUAUCGAUAUUCUCGAGUGCUCAGCUUGUUUGAAUCCAUUUCGACUGAUUCGACGAAACACGACGUUCUGCAGACUACACUUUCGAUUGUGCUCUUUAGCAAGCGACUCGGUUGCUUAGCGAUCCCUGCUUCUAUCACCGUCUCCAAGCUUUUCCCGUCAUGAAGGUCUUCUCCUCGACGUGCACCUUCGAUUAUUCUUGGGAAGAGGUUUCGACGGCGAACUGGCGCAAAUAUUGCCCUUGGAAUGACAAGUCGACCCAUGUUGUGGCGGUAGACACCAUAUCUAGGACGGUAGAUCCGAAGACUGGCAUUUUGCGCACGGAACGCCUCAUCACAUGCGAUCAAUCAGUACCGCAAUGGGUUCUCUCACUGUUCGGGGGAAGCGCUACUUCUCAUGUGUACGAAAUCUCAUAUGUUGAUCCUGGCGCAAAGAAGGUCACUAUGUGCUCAACGAAUCUCACGUGGUCCAACGUCUUGAACGUGAGAGAAACUGUUAUCUACCAGCCUUCGUCAUCAAAACCAGAGUCGGUGACGGAUUUCAGUCAAGAGGCCAAAGUCACUGCCCUUUGCGGCGGCUGGCAGAAAAUCAAGAAUAAGGUAGAGGAGGCUAGCAUCGAGAGGUUCAGCCAAAAUGCCAAGAGAGGUAGAGAGGGUUUCGAGACUGUUCUUGAAAUGAGCCGAAGGGUUUUCGGUGAGCAACGUGAGUUCGAGAACAAGAAAUUACAGUCCUGAGCUGCACAUUUUCUGUUGAACUCGUCGCCAUUAUAGUCAUUAAGCGGUUGCAUUUACUGGCGUUUUCUUAAGUUGUUCUAUCUUUGUUGUCGAUGCAUGCGAUUGAGCCGGCGUUCUGUUCAGUUCCAUCUGCUUUUGUGGUCUCACUUUUGGCGCAUGCAUACUCCUUACACUGGACUUGAUCAUACUCGACGGCUUUGAUGCCCCGAUUCCUACGAUGUUCAUGGCUUCAAAAGUGAUACCAACCCAUGCUUGUUGAUUCAUCUUCUCUCGAUAUUAUGCUAGUCUCCUAUGUUUACUGGUUCUGCGUGUGCUAAGUGAAAUUAUGUGAAGCAAUAUAUCAUGUCUCAUUAAUCUAGAAUAGAAUAGAUCUUGUCCUUUCCUUCGAAGGACCAUUUCAUAAAUCUACGUGGCACCAAAUGUAUUACCCACCUCAGGAGUAUCCGCGCUCCUUGAUCGAAAGGCCCAUUU